CUAUAAAUUGUAAAACAAUUAUUGUAAUUGACGUUGGAGCUGAAACAAAGAAUUAUUUAAUAUUUAUACUUGAUCCCAGAACCAAAGAGACGAAUGUAAAUUUAUUAUUUAACUUCCGCAAUUAUAGGUAACAAAAGAACAUCAAAAUAAAUUUGAUAAACGAAAACAUCCCAUAGCCUAUAGUAAAUCACGAAAAUGGGCAGUCCAGAACGAGAAUUAUGUCCACCGCCUUCUGAGGAAGAUGAGCUGACGCUUCCUAGAGCGAGCAUUAAUAAAAUGAUAAAAGAACUAGUGCCGUCCGUUCGGAUUGCUUUUGAAUCGAGGGAGUUAAUUUUGAACUGCUGCACAGAGUUUAUUCAUCUCAUUAGUUCAGAAGCAAAUGAAGUCUGUAAUCAAAGUAAUAAGAAAACAAUUAAUGCAGAACAUGUACUUACAGCUUUAGACAGAUUAGGAUUUAGUGACUAUACUGAGGAAGCAGAAGCAGUUUUAAAGGAUUGUAAAGCUGUAGCUGCUAAAAGAAGAAGACAAAGUACCCGCUUGGAAAAUUUAGGAAUACCUGAAGAAGAGCUAUUAAGACAACAGCAAGAGCUGUUUGCAAAGGCUCGUGAGGAACAAGCAAAACAAGAACAACAGCAAUGGUUGUUACUACAACAGCAAGGUCUGGUGGGCCCUGAAGGUGUGCCGCAGCCCUAUGUGCCUCCUCCUGUAGCUAUUAAACCUGAAGAUGAUGAAGAUGAUGAUUAUUCAUAAGGAUAUUGUUCAGGCAAAAGGCAAAAUAUUUUAAACAAUAAUAUAAACCAUAUUUACAAUGCCAUUUUAUUUCUGAUUUAUUUCAAUAUUUUUGAAAACGUGUAUUUCAAGUAAAGUUUAAGAUGAAAAUGUAACUUGAAUAAAAUAAAUAAUUGUUGUUGAUACACUUCAUAAUUAAAAUAA